AUGACGACGUCUAGUAGUGUUGCCGCCCGGCAAUCAUUAAUUAACAUUAGCAAAAAGCUAGACAAAGUGAACGCUGGAAUAAUAACAUCUUGUAUUGUCGGCAUGUCCUUAUCUUACUACGCGUAUAUUGUUGAGACAACCAAGGAGAAGGAUCAUAAUUACAUGGCAAUGUGCGAUAUCAGCGAGCGAGUCAGUUGCACCAAAGCUUUUAUGUCUGAUUUUAAAUGUAGUAAAAAUUGA